UCCACGUUCAUAUCUGUCUAAAAAUCAGAAUCAUAUGUACUUUGUCUCUCUUUCUUUCUCUAUAUCAAUUUGCCUUCUUCUUUACCCUCCUUCAGUUGCAGAGAAAGAGAAGACAAAACGCAGCUCUCUCUGCGUUUUCUUCCUUUUUCUUUUCUCAAUUCCCCAGAGAAACCAUAACUCUGUAAAAAGGAAACUCUUUUUUUUUUUUCUUCUGGUCAAUUCAAUAAUCUUUGUUUAUUUCACUAUUAUAUUCGAUGGUUCUGAAUCGAACAGGACCCACAAAUGGAACAGUGAGGAUCUGUUUCUUAUAAAGACAUAAUUUCCCAGUUCGUUGUGUUUAUUUAUCCUCCAUAGAAAUAAUGUCGGGGUUUUUAGAAUUCUCUCAAGUGUUCUUCUUUAUUGAUUUUUGUUUACUGUUGAAGUUUUGAUUUUGGCAUAUUCUUUAUUUGAUACUUGUUUGAUCGUUACAUGUUCCUGAUUAUCUUUGGCUGGUUGUUAAUAAACACGAUCUUAGCUACUAUUUCGACAUCUUUUCUCAAUUUUGGCAGUUAAUGUAAGCUCUUACGACAUUCCUCUUUGGGAAAUUUUCUUUUUCUUGAAAAAUCUUCCUUGUUUGUGAAAUUUCCCCAUUUUGAAGAUUCCAAGCCAAUUCAGGUUUUACUUGUGUAAAGAUCUGGGCUUUGAGAGGAGGUUGGUUUUUAUGUGUAAAGAAUCAAAACUCGUAUAAAUGGCUGCAAGAGUAGAAGCAGCAACGAUGGGUGGUGAGAUUGGUGAAGAAGAGACUGAUGAGAGAGGUAGCAUGUGGGAUUUGGACCAGAAGCUUGAUCAAUCCAUGGAUGAAGAAGCUGGUCGACUUAGAAACAUGUACAGAGAAAAGAAAUUCUCGGCUCUUCUGCUUCUGCAGCUUUCGUUUCAGAGCCUCGGUGUUGUUUAUGGAGAUUUAGGGACAUCUCCUCUCUAUGUUUUCUACAAUACAUUUCCUCAUGGGAUCAAUGAUCCAGAAGAUAUCAUUGGAGCUCUAUCUCUCAUUAUUUAUUCACUCACACUCAUCCCUCUCCUCAAAUAUGUUUUCGUUGUAUGUAAAGCAAACGAUAAUGGUCAAGGUGGGACUUUUGCUCUGUAUUCAUUACUCUGUAGACAUGCCAAAGUGAAAACAAUUCAGAACCAACACCGUACUGAUGAAGAGCUUACUACUUACAGCCGCACUACGUUCCAUGAGCAUUCCUUUGCUGCGAAGACCAAAAGAUGGUUAGAAAAGCGGACAUCUAGAAAAACCGCGCUUCUUAUUUUAGUUCUUGUUGGUACGUGUAUGGUUAUCGGCGAUGGUAUCCUUACUCCCGCCAUUUCUGUUCUCUCAGCUGCUGGUGGGCUAAGAGUAAACCGUCCUCACAUAAGCAAUGGUGUUGUUGUUUUUGUCGCUGUUGUGAUAUUAGUCAGCUUGUUUAGUGUACAGCAUUAUGGAACAGACCGGGUUGGUUGGCUUUUUGCGCCCAUUGUUUUUCUCUGGUUUCUCUCUAUCGCAAGUAUCGGUAUCUACAAUAUCUGGAAACACGACACUAGUGUCUUGAAAGCUUUCUCCCCGGUUUAUAUAUAUCGGUAUUUUAAAAGAGGAGGUCGGGAUCGUUGGACCUCUCUUGGAGGUAUUAUGCUUAGUAUAACAGGAAUUGAAGCACUCUUCGCUGAUCUAUCGCAUUUUCCGGUCUCAGCUGUGCAAAUCGCGUUUACUGUAAUCGUGUUUCCUUGCCUUCUUUUGGCUUAUAGUGGACAAGCUGCCUACAUUAGGAUAUAUCCGGAUCAUGUGGCUGAUGCGUUUUACCGUUCCAUUCCAGGAAGUGUAUAUUGGCCAAUGUUCAUUAUUGCAACCGCUGCAGCUAUUGUGGCGAGUCAAGCUACGAUUUCGGCUACAUUCUCCUUAGUCAAGCAAGCUUUAGCCCACGGUAGCUUUCCAAGAGUUAAAGUGGUGCAUACUUCCCGGAAAUUCCUCGGUCAGAUUUACGUUCCUGACAUAAAUUGGAUUCUAAUGAUCCUUUGCAUUGCUGUCACCGCUGGAUUCAAGAACCAGAGUCAGAUAGGAAACGCUUAUGGGACCGCAGUUGUGAUAGUCAUGCUCGUGACAACACUGCUUAUGACGCUGAUUAUGAUCCUAGUGUGGCGUUGCCAUUGGGUUCUGGUUCUCAUAUUCACCAUCCUCUCACUUGUCGUGGAAUGCACCUAUUUCUCAGCCAUGCUUUUCAAAAUCGACCAAGGUGGUUGGGUACCGCUCGUAAUCGCUGCAGCUUUUCUCCUCAUCAUGUCGGUAUGGCACUACGGAACUUUAAAGAGAUACGAGUUUGAGAUGCACAGUAGAGUCUCAAUGGCUUGGAUCCUCGGACUCGGUCCUAGCCUUGGGCUUGUUCGGGUUCCCGGGGUUGGCCUCGUUUACACCGAACUAGCCAGUGGAGUCCCUCACAUUUUUUCUCAUUUCAUCACAAACCUACCAGCCAUUCACUCAGUUGUGGUGUUCGUAUGCGUCAAGAAUCUCCCGGUUUACACCGUACCCGAGGAAGAGCGGUUCCUCGUUAAAAGGAUUGGUCCAAAAAACUUCCACAUGUUCCGUUGUGUCGCAAGGUACGGAUACAGAGACUUGCACAAGAAAGAUGAUGACUUUGAGAAACGCCUCUUUGAGAGCCUCUUCUUGUAUGUCCGCCUUGAAUCGAUGAUGGAAGGAGGCUGUUCAGAUUCCGAUGACUACAGCAUCUGCGGAAGCCAGCAACAGCUUAAAGACAAACUUGGGAACGGGAAUGAGAACGAGAAUCUGGCAACGUUUGAUACAUUUGACUCGAUAGAGUCAAUAACCCCAGUGAAACGGGUGAGCAACACGGUGACAGCGUCGAGCCAGAUGAGCGGUGGAGUAGACGAGGUGGAGUUCAUAAACGGGUGCAGGGACGCAGGAGUGGUACACAUAAUGGGGAACACGGUGGUUCGAGCCAGGAGGGAAGUGAGGUUCUACAAGAAGAUAGCGAUUGACUAUGUGUAUGCAUUUCUUAGAAAGAUUUGCAGAGAACAUAGUGCUAUCUACAAUGUUCCUCAGGAGAGCCUUUUGAAUGUUGGUCAGAUUUUCUAUGUAUAAAAAUAUAUAUGUAUAUGCAUGUGUUCGUUUAUAUUCUGUUUGUAUGUAAUGUCUGAUGUUGUAUGGUUAUAUCAAAAUUUUGGUGCACAUGCAGAAAAAGGUUGGGUUUGCCAAGUUAUUAAACAAUGGAAGGACUAUUUUAUCA